AUGUUCACUGCCGCAGCUCUCGCUAUUCUCGCCAGCCCUGCGCUGGUGGCUGCCUCGAAUGGCCAUACCCUCAAGCCGGUGGGCACCUGGGUCCUUCGUGACAGCUACAUCGGGUGUGUUGGGGGUGCAUGUGAUUACACCUUCGCCAUCGACGAAGGUCGUAACAACGUUCACGAGUGUGGCUUCACUGUGAGAUCACCCUCCGACGACGUCGCUCCGGACCACCUCCAUUUCGAGAGUGUCGUCUGCCAGGGCUCGGAGAACACGAUAAGGGUCAACGGUGCCUGGGGUUCGAACCACUCCAUCGUCCUCUGCUUCACCGAUCUCGGGAAGAAUACCUACGCAUGGUUUGGAUUCGACGACUGGGAGAUUGAAGACGACAAUAUCGUUACUUCCAAGGAGAGCCCUGCAUACCCCGUCGGAGACUUCGGCAAUGACGAUGAGGUCUCGGAAGCUGAGCGAGCAUCUCCAGGCACUUGUGUCUGGGGCAUCGACUCGCUGAAUCGAACUGUCAGCAGUACCGCCGUUCAUAUGGACCUCGGGUUCAAAGACGAGAAUGGCAAUCAACUUGCCUGUACCAUUGACGCCAUGCCUCCUUCUGGCUCUGACCCGCAGACCUGGGGCUUCUACAAUCAAAAAUGCGAUGAGAAUGACUGGACAGUCUCAUGGGGCUAUCAGCCACAGAACGACACUGGCGCGAUGACUUUACGCGAUCCCAGCCAUGACAAGGAAGCUUGGUUCUUCUGGGACAAUGUCACCACUCAGACGAUGCUUCUCGAUACGCGCUCACCCGAAUUGAGCGCGUUUUGCUGA